AUGUUCAAAACGAUUAUUCUAUUUCAUUUUUUUUUCAUUAGUCUUUUACCAUUAAGUUUCAGUAUUCGAUGUAUAUGUAAAUGCAAUGAUCAUGUACAAUUUCAAGCUGCAAUUGUACGAGAGCCCCCAUACACUGAAUGUGUUCAGGACUCGGAAUGUAAACCAUAUUGUUGGAAUGCUAUUCCAUUCAGUUGUGCAGUGACAAGUGAAUGUGACAGGUCACCGCGACCACCAACAAGAUCAACUCCAUCAUUGUCUGCAUCAUCGAUUACAUCACCCAAUGGAGUGGCAACAACAACACAACCACCUGCAAUAAUGGUCAAAUGGGAAGGCACAUUCUUAGUUGACAAAAACAGUUGCAACUCUCAACAAUGUUGUUGUCCAACUAACCGAAUUGAAAUUAAAUCGAUUAGUGAAAAGCCAUUUUUCCUAUUAGUUAAAACAGAAUUGAUUGGGGGUGAAGAAAACUGUGGCUUUAAUUCAGAUGGUCUAGAUGUUACUGUUCCAUUACCACUCCAAGGUAGUGAUUCCUUUACUGUACCAUUUCAAAGUACAAAUAUCGAAUUUCGCAUGAAUGACGAUACAAUUCAUACUACCUAUCUGACCAACAGUUGGACAAAAUGUUGUGCGAAAGCUUUACGGACAUCAGCAUCGUCCCGAAAUAUAGGACACAUGUCAAUGAUAUUAAAUUUGUUGUUUCUGACAAUUUUUUACAAAGCUAAUAGUUCCUUUUCUCAAUACUUCAAAUAUGAAUUAAUAGAAGUUUUGAUUAAUUGA